AUGAAUAUAAUAUUAAUAUGUAUAAUAAAGUCAAUUUCAUGUAUUAAAACAUAUAAUUUCAUAAAUCAUAAUUUUUUAAAUUUUAAUAUUAAUCAAGAUUCUACGAGUUUAUCGCAUGGUUCAGUCAACAAACUAUAUGAUUCCACUUUUAUAUCAGAUUCCAUUACAAAAGGAGAAAAUUCACUGAAUAAUGAUAAAAGUGAAGGAACGGUAAGGAUAAUAACACCGCCGCCUAAUGUCACGGGAGAUUUGCACGUAGGGAACCUUCUUAACGUAGUAUGCUGCGAUGUGUACAAAAAUUACCUGAAACUCAAAGGGUUUGAUGUCAACAUCAACUUCUCCAACGAUCAUGCCGGCCAGUCGUUCCAAAAAGUGUUUGAUAACACGUAUCCAAAUUUACCUAGUGGUUCUUAUAAGAUGGAAAUGGCAAAAUUAAUGUGCCAAAAUAUCAGAAACAGACAUCUGGAGGAUAUAAGAAAGCUUGGAAUUGAUUGGGAAUACGGCCAUUUCACAAUGGAUAAACAUGUUGAAUCACUGGCAAACUCAGUUUUACAGCGUUUCAAAACACUAGGAUUACUUAAGGAAAAGUAUUGGCCAACACAUUGUGUGAAUAUUAAUGGCAAGUUUAUACCUGUUUGCUCAUCAGAUAUACACUACAGUAAUGAAAACAUUACGUUACAUGUUAUGGAUAAGCAGUUUGAGGAUGUAAAUGGAGAUAAAAUUAAUUUAAAAGUGUGUACUCCGUUUCAAGAGUAUUAUUAUGCCACAACUGCACUUGGUGUUCCAAAUGAUAUAUUUCAACAGUUAAAAGAUCAUCAGGUUGAUUUACCAAAUCUUAAGCGUAGAGUUCCAAUUAUACCAAUUUCAAAUGAAAUUAAUAUUCCCAAUUUUCUGAAGAAUAAAAACAUGGCCCUAAUGUUAAGUAACGGUUACAAUUAUUAUAAUCCAGAUGAUGAAAUGGUUAUUCUCGACUGGAACGAGUUAUUAAAUUCAAAGGUUGAGGAUAUUUUCAAUGAAACCAUUAAUGUUACUAUGGAAGUCCCUAAAUAUACCAAGGAUAUAAAUGGCAAAGUAGUUAUCUUGCCAGUAUUACAAUAUGUAUUGGAUACUAAAACACUUUCAAAGAAAGCUUUAGAGUCGUUGGAUAAGAUCAAUGUGUACCCAGAGAACAGAAAAACAAUGAUAUAUAAUCGGCUGAAAAAUAUAAAAGAUUGGUGUAUUACAAGACAUGCCUGGUGGGGAAUCAAGCCAAUAAUUGAUAUUGGUGUUGAUAAAAAUGACAAUAGAGUCUUGGAUACAUGGUUUACUUCAUCAUUAUGGCCUAUAAUAACCUGGAAUGGUAAGACUGGUACAAGUAUACUUUAUACUUGUUAUGAUAUAUUGGAGAAUUGGAUAGUGAAAAUGUUGUUAGUAUGUGCUAACAUUGAUGAGGAUAAAUUGUUCAAUGAAAUAUAUUUACACGGGAUGGUAUCAGACCAGUUUGGUAAAAAGAUGAGCAAAUCACAUCAAAACACUCUAGUUUUAAAGGAUUUAAUGGAGUCAGAACAAACAUCUUUUGAUCAUACAUUGUUCAAUAUUAAUGAUCCAGAUGAAAUGAUUAAAUCAAAUUUGGUAAGGUUAAAGUUGUGUUCAAUUUGUAGUUCUUCCGAUUUUACCAAGCCUUUAAAUAAUAAUUUCAAUUAUCAAAAUAUUCUCUUCAAAUAUUAUCAAAUUUUUAAAUUCCGUAACUCAAUCAGAAAUUACGAUUCUAGUCCGGAAAAUUCCAAUUCUAUAGUCAAUAAUUCUAAUUCUGGACUCGAAACUCCUAAUUCCAGUCCCGAAUAUGACAAUUGUGGAAUUGAUUUGGAAAAAAUCAUUAAGAGUAAAUUAUUUAAAUUAGUUGAUAAAAUAGAACAAGAUAUCAAGAAAUUUGAAUUUUCAAAUUGUAUAACAAAUUUGAACGAGUAUGUUAAAGUAUUUUCAGAAUUUUUGGUACCACUUAUACGACUAAGUGUAUCCACAAAUGUACAAAAUCUUGAACAUUUUGAUCCAUAUUUUAGUGAUUUGGCUUCAAUAAUCUAUGCCUUCACACCUGAAUUUGUAAAUAAUUUCAAGCUGAAUGAUUUUAUUAAAGAGUUUAAAUGGCCACAUCUUGAUACAGAAUCAAACGAGUUAUUUGAAGAACUGGUAAACAUAGUUACUAAUGUUAGAAAGUUGGUAAAAAACGGUCAAGAUGAUUUAAACAUUAAAAUUAACCCUAAAUUAAAUACUAAAUUCAACACCAGUUACAUCAAUUACUUGAUACAAUUAACCUACAACAAGUUACCAAAGAUCAACUACAUGUAA